AUGUAAAUAAUUGAUAUUACUAUGGGUGAAGGAUCUGUUGGAAUAAUAAAAUAAGUUAAAAUAGGAGAUGAGAUAUUUGCAUUAAAAUAAUUUAAGAAAAAAUCUGGAGAAAAGGAGUAUAAUAUUCAUUCAAAAUUAAACCAUGAAAAUAUUUUGAAAUUCAUAGUUGGAAAUGAAGAAUAUAUUAUAUCAGAAUUAAUGCUACCUUAUGAUUUGUUUGAGUUUGUAAAAAGUGCUGGAUAGAUGUCAGUAAAUGCUUCAAAUUGUAUUUUAAAAUAAUUAGUGAAUGCAUUGAAAUAUAUGCAUUAAUUAGGAAUAGUUCAUAGAGAUAUUAAAUUAGAAAAUGUAUUGGUUGAUGGAUCAAAUUACAAAAUUAAAUUAUCUGAUUUUGAUGCAUCUUUAAAUAUAGAUGAUGGUAAGGUUCCAAAAUUAAUAGGAACAAGUGGAUAUUUGGCACCUGAAAUAAACUCUAUUGGAUUGAUUGAUGCAUUAAAUUUAUUAGAAUGUGAUAUACAUUCUUUGGGUGUAUUGUAUUAUAUUUUACUUUUUGGAACAUUUCCCUUUAAGACUACUAAAGCUUCAUGUGUUUUAUACAAAAUGAUAUAAUAAAAUAAAUGGGAAGAAUUUUGGUAUUAUUCAUAGAGAAAUAAGACUAAAAAAGUACCUUCUGAUUGUUUAGAAUUAAUAAAAGGAAUGAUCGAAUAAAAUCCUUAAUAAAGAUUUACUUUGGAUUAAAUUCUUGAUAGAAUUGGAGAAAUUAAUGAAAUAGAUUAUGUAAAUGAAAUGUAAAUGAUUCAUACAAAAUUAAGGUCAAAGUUGUGA